CUGUCAGUCUUCGAGCCGCUAACCGAUCAUUAAUCAUUGAUCGAAACAAGGGUUUCCGUUUUUAGAAACGCCUUUAAAAUUCGAAGAAGCAAUGAAAUACUAGCGAGACCGUUUGUGAAAAAGAUAUCGGUAGGAAACCGUCUAGUUUGGGCGACCGCGCCGAUUUAAAGUAGGUCAGUUUCCAGUCGCGCUUUUAUCGGAGGUGGCUUGAUCACAUCGGCGAGUCCUGUGACUCCGGGAAUAAAUACAAAAACUGUAUUUUAUUUUAGAAUAUUACCACAGUGUUGGUACGCUGUCGAAAUCCUGUUUUUUCUGUGUGAAAACUUGACCUAUCGUGAGUGAAAACUACGUGAUUUGACGGUUCAAUUAUAUGGCUGUGUUUUACUAGUAGUGACAUUCAACAGAGUAAUCUCUCACGAGACUUCGUGUGUGUAUUCGGUUUUUUGAGCACAUUCGGCACCAAAAACUAAUUCAAAAUUACGAAAAAACAAGGAAGUAUGAGUCGUGGAGGAAGUGUGGGAACCCGCGUACAGGUUCCCGACGAGCUCAGAGAAGUUUUGCUGGAAUUCACGAUUAGUUAUUUACUGGAGCAACCCGGCGAUGUUAUUUCCUAUGCCGCGGAUUAUUUCAAUAGAUUAAGGGACGCCAGGUGCUCCUCGUUACUGUUCGAAGGGGCCGGGCCCUCAGACAAUCUGUCCCCGGAGGAUGAAUCAACAUUGUCUAGAGAAGAGGAACCACCCGUGGGCCGGUUCCAGAACCGGCGCAAGUCCGUGUUCGCCGAGACCUACGAUCCGGAAGAGGACGAGGACGACGACGGCACCCGCACCAUAUUCCCCAAGUCGGACGAGCAGCGCCAGCGGCUCUCCGAGGCGGUGCGGAACAUCCUGCUGUUCCGCGCCCUCGAAAAGGAACAGAUGAACGACGUGCUGGACGCCAUGUUCGAGCGGAAGGUGCAGAAGGACGAGCUGGUGAUCAAGCAGGGCGACGACGGCGAUAACUUCUACGUCAUCCAAAAUGGCAUAUUCCACGCUCUGGUCGCCAGCGAUCCGAGCCAGGAGCCCGUCCACAUUCACACGUACGAUAACCGCGGCAGUUUCGGUGAGUUGGCCCUCCUGUACAAUAUGCCCAGGGCUGCCACCAUCAAAGCCGCGACGGAAGGCUCGCUGUGGGCCAUGGACAGACAAACCUUCAGGCGUAUACUGCUGAAGUCUGCGUUUAAAAAGAGAAAGAUGUACGAAACACUAAUAGAGAGUGUUCCGAUGCUCAAGACUCUGCAACCCUACGAAAGGAUGAAUCUCGCCGAUGCUCUGGUUCCGCGUGCCGUUUCCAAUGGAGAAAGAAUCAUCAAACAGGGCGAUGCGGCAGACGGCAUGUACUUCGUGGAGAAGGGAGAGGUGGUCAUAAGCGUGCUGGACGAUAGCGGCAAAGAGAUCGAGAUCAAUCGCAUAUCGAAGGGAGGAUACUUUGGCGAACUGGCCCUGGUCACUCAUCGCCCUCGUGCCGCCUCUGCCUUCGCAGAUGGCGACGUCAAACUAGCCUUCCUGGACGUGGAAGCGUUCGAACGGCUGCUCGGUCCCUGCAUGGAGAUCAUGAAGCGCAACAUCACCGACUACGAGGACCAAAUGCUCAAAAUCUUCGGCUCAAAGCAGAACAUUAAGGACAUACGAUGAAAAGCGACACCUGUGGACGACGACAGCGGUCGCGGUCGCCUCAGCCGCCUCGACAACGCCGCCGUUUUUGUGCGCGUGCGUUACUUUUGUUUUCUCUCAAUGUUUUUUCUCAAUGCUAUUGGUUAGUCAAACAAAAAAAUGAAGCAAAAAAACUCUGGUCGGUACAAUACGGUCUCCCCUUGUAAAAAUAAUUUUAAAAAAUAAAAUGAAGCUAAAACAACGUGGCCCACCACCGAAACAAGAUUAGUAGUAGUGAUUGGCGAAGAGAGAGAAGGUAGAAUGGGUGAUAUAUACAGGGUGGUAUCAAAGGUUGUCGCGCCCCGUAUAUGUACAAGUUGUUCGAAAAGUACCGGGCUAAAUUAUAGGGUGCGGUUCCUCGUCGAAAAGUAUGGAUAAAGUUUGUGUAAACUUGGAUCGGGAAAUGUCUAGUUUUAAAGAUACAGGGUGUUAUUAAUCGUAAUUAUCUUAAAUACCCUGUAGCCGACUUUCUUCAAAUUUUCAGUGUUAUUUCUAGUAAUAAUUAGGGAUGGGAUUUUUCCGAUUUAUCGAUAAUUAUCGAUAGUUAUUAAUAUAUCUAAUAACAAUAGGUGACCUUAAAAUUAUCGAUACUUAUCGAUAUAUUGAUACCUAUUGGUGUAUUAAUAGCAUUUUCGUAAGCAUAUUAUUGGUAACUAUCGAUAUAUCGAAAUUUAUUUUUGUGGGUAUAUUUUUAUUUCUUUUUUAAAGAGCACUUUUUAGAACUAGAUAUUUACGAUUAGGGAUGGAACAGGGAUCGAUAGUUUAUCGAUAGAUCGAAAAAAAUCCAAAAACUGCUCAUGUAUCGAUAAUUAUCAACGUAUCGAUAAACCGAUUACUAUCGGUAAUUUUUUUUUUUAUUUUUUCGAUAUACCUAUCGAUAAUUGUCGACAUAUCGAUAACUAAAAUAUAUCGAUAGGUGAAUUGCGAUAUUUUAUCGAUAGGUAAGUUCCAUUAUCGCCCAUCCUUACUAAUAAUGGCCCGAUUUAGGCUAUUUUAAAUUAAAAUUAUUAAAUUCAGUGGCGUUUAAUGGGACACCUUAUCUAAAAUAAUCAAGAAAAAAUAUACACCACUGACUUUUGCAAUUUUUUAGAUAAGGCAACUAAAAAUAUAACUUUCUCUCGAGAAAAAAGUAAAACCAAUUCAUGCAGGUCUGUAGGCUAGGUAUAGGCAAUAAUGGAUUUUACCACCAAUAAGUUAUCGCAAUUUACCUAUCGAUAUGUAGAUAAUUAUCGAUAUAUCGACAAUUAUCGAUAUAGCAAUAACUAUCGAAUUACUGAUAUAGUCUAUAAAAUGAAUAACUUUGAAUUUUGACCGUUAUUUUUUACCAACAUGGCAAAUAUAAAAUCCCUCUGUCAAAAAAGUUACUGAUAUUCUUUAAAUUGAGUGCCUGAACGAAUCAGAUAGGUAACUCUUUACUUUCGUGAAAUAGAAAAGGAAAAUAAUAAAACUAGUGACAGUUCUUACUCUUCUUGCAAAAGUCAACACGAAAUAUCAUAAUUGUCAAAAGUAAAAUGUCAUCAGCUUUUGACAUUUCUAAUUAUCAGAACAAUGCCGCCUCUAAUAGAACAGCCUCGGAGCCAGAUUUAUG